GAAAUUAAUUUUGAGUUCUAAAGAAGUAUUGUGCGGUUUCAAAACGAUUUUCAACAGUGGGCGUUUUUCGAGCUACUCUCAUGGCGUCUUUCCAUUCUCCAGCUGAAUAUCCCCAUGGCUUCUAACCCAAGAAUCCCAAUCCCCACAUGGCCCCCACUCGACGGUGCGUCCUCUUCUUCUUCCUCCUCCUCUUUCUUCUCUUCCUCCGCCACCGCCGCGCAGCAGCCGCUCCUGUCUACACGGAAUACCUCUACCCCAAUUUCACGGCCUCGAGUGUGAACUACCUCGAGAAAGGCGGCAUCUUUCUCAACUCCAACUCUUCCAUCUUCUCUGCCAUAUUACAGUCCGAUGACCCGCAAUCCCCCUUCGUCUUCUCCAUCGUACACUCUCCGACCUCCACUGUCGUCUGGGCGGCGAACACUGCGAACCCCGCGCCGUACACCGCCAAGCUCUCCUUCUCCGCCUCCGGAUUCUCCAUCUCUUUUUCAAACGGCAACGUUCUCUGGUCCACCCCGCAGCUACCUCGCCCAGCCACCGCCGCACGUCUCCUCGAUUCAGGGAAUCUCCUUGUCCUCGACGCAGCUAACGUAUCCAUGUGGGAAUCCUUUGAUCACCCCACCGACACGCUUCUAUCCUCUCAGCGCCUUCCGUCUGGCAGCUACCUCUCAACUCCUAGCGACGAUUACCGCCUCAUGGUCACAGGGAACGAUGCCGUACUUCUCUGGUCAGUCGGCGGCUUUCAACAGUUCUGGCGUUUAUCCUCCGAUGUCCGCUUCUAUAAAGAUCUGAACGCCCCUGUUGCUUACAUGGCGGCGAACGAGUCCGGGCUUUACCUGUUCUCCCCCGCCGGAGCAGUGGUGUUCGAGGUUAGUCUCUCUCCGACGAAGCUCCGCAUGAUGAAAUUGGAAGCCAACGGCCAGUUAAGUAUCAAGGGUUACUCCGGCAACGGCCCCAACCUCGAUGAAGCUCUCGUUGCUCCGGGUGGCGCUUGUGAUCUGCCAUCGUCCUGCCAAGUGCUCGAGGUCUGCACUACGCAGAACCAAGGUGCGACUUGCAACUGCCCGUCUUUAUUCACCACAUCACGCAGCGGCGGAUGCGCACCGGCCGAUGGCUCCACCCUCUUCUCCCCAUCGGGAUGCAACAGCAGAAACAAGAGCCAGGAAAGCUAUCGGAGCUUGGGAAGUGGAAUUGGGUAUAUACCGAACAAAUUCGCGAGUACGGUGAGCUCCGGAAGGGAUUUCUCAUCAUGCCGAGACAUUUGCAGCGGGAAUUGUUCUUGCCUUGGGUUUUUCUACUCGGCCUCGUCCCAGUCCUGCUUCCUUAUUAAGAACCAGAUCGGUUCACUUGUUAGCACCACGAACGAUGGGGUUUCGGAUACCGGAGACGGAUACAUAAAGGUCCUGGCAUCGCCCCAACCGCCAUCGGGUUCAAGCGGAAGCUCUUCCUCCAGUCUCCUCCCGAUUCUGCUACCUUCCAUUGCCGUCUUUCUACUAAUCAUCGUUCUCAUCUUCGCUGGAACUCAAUGGUGGCGCCGCCGUCGCCGACACCAAAGCGGAAAGAGAAAGGCACGAACGACAGCAUCCUCAAAACCCUCCACGAUGAAAGAUAUCUACCUCGGCCGGAAUCACCCAUGGCCAUCUCCAUCCGACGACCAGGGAUUCACCGGGGACGAGUCCAACUCCGACUCUGACGAGAUUUCCAUCCCGGGUCUCCCAACACGAUUCACCUACUCCGACCUCGCCUAUGCCACCGAGAACUUUAGCAUCAAGAUCGGUUCCGGCGGAUUCGGCGAGGUGUUUAAAGGACAACUUCCCGAUAAGACCCUAGUCGCCGUGAAGCGCAUCAGCGCCAGCCUAGGCGGUGGCGUCCACGGCAAGAAGGAAUUCUGCACGGAAAUAGCCGUCAUCGGCAACAUCCAUCACGUUAACCUAGUGCGCCUCCGCGGAUUCUGCACCGAGGGUCGCCGCCGGAUGCUCGUAUACGAAUACAUGAACCGUGGGUCCUUGGACCGCUCCUUGUUCGGCGCCGCCGGGCCUGUUCUCGAAUGGCAGGAGCGGAUGGACAUUGCCAUCGGCGCGGCACGUGGACUCGCCUACCUCCACUUCGGCUGCGACCAAAAGAUCAUCCACUGCGACGUCAAGCCUGAGAACAUUCUCCUUCACGACGCCAGCAGCGUCAAGAUCUCCGACUUUGGCCUGGCAAAGCUGAUCAGUCCGGAGCAAUCCGGCUUCUUCACGACGAUGAGGGGGACAAGGGGGUACCUAGCGCCUGAGUGGCUCACCAAUUCGGCAAUCUCCGACCGGACCGAUGUCUACAGCUAUGGAAUGGUACUGCUGGAAAUCAUUCGUGGUCGGAAGAACAGGUCGGUUGAAUCUAGCGGCGGCGGGGGGUCGUCGAGCGGCAGCUCCGGCAUUGGAGAUGUUGGGUAUUUUCCAAUGGCGGCGCUGGAGAUGCAUGAGAGGGGGAGGUAUUUGGAAUUAGCUGAUCGUAGGCUGGAGGGCAGGGUGAGGGAGGAGGAGGUGAGGCUAGCAGUGAAGGUGGCAUUGUGUUGCCUACAUGAAGAUCCGGGGCUGCGGCCAACUAUGGCCAGCGUGGCGGCGAUGCUCGAAGGCACAGUGGAGGUGACUCAGCCGCGACCGGAGGCUCUCAACUUUCUCCGGCUAUAUGGAAGGGGGUUUGUGGAUAACAACAGCAGCACCACCACCGGCGAGCUGGUCACUGGCACUACCAGCAGCAGCUCAGUUGUCUCCUACUCUUACAUGACCUCCCAAGAGGUAUCAGGGCCGAGAUAGACAUUUUUCUGCAACAAAUUCAGCUCGGUUGCUUUUUUUGUUUGAAAUUAUAGAAAUUGCGGCGUGGGAAACAGCUUGAAAGAUGAUCCAAAUGAGUGCACAGACAUUGAAUUGGUAUUUACAGCAUCAAAUUGAAUGCGAUUUCGACAAAAAUCAUAUGAAAUAUGCGCCUUCAGAUCGUUCCAACAUCAUUUUUGUUUGAAGCCCGCUGAUUCAGAAAGUUGGACAAAGACAUCUUUUUUACAUCAUUUCAAUCAGAGUGCAUUUUCAACAUCAAUGUUUAAUGUCAACAAAAAAUUGAUAUUUGCUUACAGCUUUGUAUAUUAUACGCGUUGAAAAUAUAUUGAUUUUAAUGAUGUAUGAA